CUAGUCCUUUUUGCCAGAGAUUAUCACUCUCCUUGAACAUAUACAUACAUAUAAGUCCCAUAUAUAUAUAUAUAUAUAUAUUAUAUUAUUAUGGAUACAUUCACUUCAACCAUGGUCUCCAAUUUCCACCCACCAAACACACUAACCAACGAAAUCACAAAAACCCAUUUCUUCCCCAAACCAUUUUACCCAACACCCACGAACUUCCCCUCUCGGAACCUCCAUUUCCGACGGCCACUGGUCGCCACGAGCGUCGAAGAGACGGAGAAGGCCGAAAAUGGCGGCGGAAAACCAAAAUUCAAGUGGGUCGAGGUGGGACCCGGAAUCACAGAAUCCCAAAAAGAAGCCAUUUCACAACUCUCUCCGAAGAUGACGAAACGUUGCCGGGCUUUGAUGAAGCAGCUCAUUUGCUUUUCUGCUCAUAAAGCUAGCUUGAAUGAGUUGUUGGCUGCGUGGGUGAGGAUUAUGAAGCCUCAGAGAGCUGAUUGGCUUGCCAUUAUCAAGCAAUUGAAGAUAAUGGACCACCCACUUUAUUUUCAGGUGGCAGAAGUUGCCCUCCUAGAAGAAUCUUUUGAAGCCAAUAUCCGUGACUAUACAAAGAUAAUCCAUUGUUAUGGGAAGCAAAAUCGGCUAGAAGAUGCUGAAAAGACCCUCUUAGCCAUGAAAAGUAGAGGCUUCAUCCGUGACCAGGUAACCUUAACCACCUUCAUUCACAUGUACAGCAAGGCUGGUAAUCUCAAGCUUGCUGAAGAAACUUUUGAAGAGCUUAAGCUGCUUGGACAACCAUUAGAUAAACGAUCAUAUGGCUCAAUGAUCAUGGCCUACAUUCGAGCUGGAAUGCCAGACCAGGGAGAAAAUAUACUAAGAGAAAUGGACGUUGAAGAAAUUUAUGCUGGAAGUGAAGUUUACAAAGCAUUGUUAAGAGCAUACUCAAUGACCGGUGAUGCAGAAGGAGCUCAAAGAGUGUUUGAUGCUAUUCAGCUUGCUGGUAUAUUGCCCGACCCUAGGUUGUGCGGGCUCCUUAUUAACGCCUAUGUAGAAUCAGGUCAAAGCGAGAAGGCGUGUGUUGCUUUCGGAAAUAUGAGGAGGGCAGGCCUUGAACCAAGCGAUAAAUGCGUGGCUCUGGUGUUGUGUGCUUAUGAGAAGGAGAAUAAGCUCCAGAGGGCAUUAGAUUUUCUCAUGGAGUUGGAGAGACAUGGUAUUAUGGUAGGGGAAGAAGCUUCAGAGACAUUGGUGGGAUGGUUUAGAAAGCUUGGAGUUGUGAAAGAAGUUGAUCUUGUCUUAAGGGAAUAUGCUUCGAAGGGAGCCAGUUCCAAAAUUCGUGCUUCUUAGCUUCAGCUCCAACCUUUAAUCUUAGCUUCAAUGAGAACAUAACUUGUCAUUGUCAUUAUCUGGGAUUCUUCUGAUUGGGAAAAUUCUACAAAUGGAAAUAUCCAUCUCCAUACUUCACCUUCUAGGCCUCUAAUCUUACCAACAUUUUCUAACUGUCA